AUGUCGGAAAUUCCAAGUAAUUUAUUGCUUUCUUUCACGAAUGCACCACCUCUAGACAGCGUAAUACCAACUUCGCGACUAAAUAGUGUUGAGGAACCGAGUACUGGGGAUUUCAUCAAUCCCGACUUCGAAUUCGAUCAAUUCGAGACGGAACUUGCUGCGACUGAUGCGAACCCCAGCAGGGCCCUGGGUCUGUAUGCGCAGUCAUUUUGCACCCCGAUGAUUAGUUUGUUUUGUUUCCUUAACCUGGCACCAGUCAAGGCCGAGUGUGACUGCGCCGGGGGCCGAAUCUCGCCGGAGGGGUUCGUUGAGGAGGACUUCGAAGCCGAAUUGGGGUGCACUGCCGCCCAGGAAGUAACUGUGCAGGAAGCCUUGGACGUUGAAUAUCAGGAUAUUGCCCGAUUGGGAGUGAUUCAAGUUGCGGGGGAUGACCGUCUUGGUCGCAAAGUUGUUGUCUUCUCUGCGUGUCGUCUGCCACCGUUUGACAAAGUUGAUUACCAACGGUUGUACGAUUACACCAGGAAGACGUUGCAGCAGUACGUAGCAAACGAUUACUCUCUGGUAUAUUUCCACUACGGUUUUACAAACGAAAACAAGCCACCGCUAAAGUGGAUGAUUCAGGCUUACCGAGGGUUUGAUCGAAACUUCAAGAAGAACCUCAAAGCCCUCUACAUCGUCCACCCAACCGUCUUAGUUCUAUUCCUCAUUAAAGUCUUCAAACCUAUCAUCAGUCUCAAAUUCGGCCGGAAAAUUAACUUCAUCAAUCAGCUCGAUGAAUUAUCGGCAGACAUGCACCUGGAUCAGGUUCCGAUCCCCCAACGUGUUCGGUUAUAUGACUCUGACAUCUCGCGAUUAAAAGGCGCAAGUAUCUCUAACGACCCCUACGCGAAAUUCACAGCCUCGCAGUCCGGUCAACCAGUUCUGCCUCUCAAAAACCUCAAAGCUCCCGUCAUCAAACAACCUUGUCCGACCCAAGUCUUUGGAGUUUCUCUCGAGUUCAUUAUGAAAAAUAACAACAACGAUCCUAUUCCUGCAGUUCUUCGAGACUCGGUUGACUACAUCCGCCUGAACUGCCUAGACGUGGACGGAAUUUUUCGGAGGUGUCCAAGUGCAACCCUCGUGAAAUCGAUACAGGGAGCCUAUAAUGCAGGCAGGUCAGUCAACUUCGAGGCGUUCGCAGACCCCCACCUACCGGCGGUUCUCAUCAAGACGUUCCUUCGCGAACUAAGUGAACCACUUCUCACUUACGAACUGUAUGACACAAUUCUGGGCGUUCACAAUUUGCCGUGGGAGACAAGACUGGAAACAGCACGCGAACUGAUUUCCAUCCGUCUGCCUAAUCCGAAUUACGUUGUUCUGAAGUACCUGAUGAACCUUUUGACAGAAGUGUGCGCACACUCGAGCCAAAAUCGCAUGACGGACGUAAACCUGGGCAUUGUAUUUGGGCCCAAUUUGCUCUGGUCUCGAUUUGCUACCGUCUCCUCGUUUACUGAGGUGUGGCAGGUAACUGCGUUUGUGCAACUUCUAAUUUCAAAUUAUGAUGACGUCUUCGCCAAAUGA